GUUUCCUAGUUCUCCACCGUCAUCUUUACUCGUCCUUGCUAAAGUAACGUCUUUCUGCUAGUUUGACGUUUAUUAGAUAAGCAAGUUUGUUUCGUAUACGAAUUUAGUUUAUUUCAAUUAUCAAAUUACCUGACGAUAUAGUUUAUUUUUUCAUCUGUAUGCCUUGCGUACGCUUUCAUCUUUUAAAAUUUUCCAUGAAUGUUUCUAUAGUCUUCCUGCAGCUAUUGGUAAUGCAAAAACCCUUCCUUAAUUCAAAGUCUGCAAGAUGGUAUUCAUCUUCAAGAUUUAAUUUUAGCUGAGAAUAGAAAUGUGAAAAAUGACACGAUACUUGAAAGUGGUAUAUAGCAUGCGACUUAACAUCUUCUAUAAAUAAAGUACGACGAAAUUGAUUUAGUUUUGUGGUGAUGCGGGGAUGUGGAUCUGUUUUGAUCCUAUAGAAAGCCGAGAAGGCUGGCGUGCUUCUAUUUUAUUCUUUGUAUUUCUCUAUUGGACAUCUUUUGGUAUUAAUGGCAGUCUAACAAAUGCAUCCAACAUUCAUAAUAGUGUUACAAUUACUGUAUUGCCAGUUUCAACGCAUCAUGAAGAUGACGAAUGUAGGAAUGUGACCACUGACGAUAGAGGGGCUAUUGGUCUGUCAGUGGUUAAUCAAGGAUCUGGUUCUCCUCAUUCGCCAAUAGUGCCUCCACCUUUUCUCUAUGGAGUUCUUACCUGCCAACCAUAUCAAGGAAUUUCUGUGAACCACAUAUACUUUCAACUAGCCAAUGCCUUCUUUCUACUGUCACAUCUUGCACCAAGUGGCAUACAUGGCGUACUUUAUUUAAGGUGCACUCUACUCGUGGGCUGUGCCUUUCUUGCUUUGUGGGGCUGGACAAUAGCUUGUUGGCUGGACGCUGCUCUUUGGAAUGCUCUGUUUGUUGCCAUCAACUUCGUCCAUGUAUGCACGCUUCUUUACAAGCUCAGGCCUAUCAAGUUUUCAAGGGAAGUUGAAGAGGUAUACAUUGCAGUGUUCCAGCCAUUAAGAGUAUCACGUCAUCAGUUUAAAAAAGUAUUAAAUUGUAUGAAGGUUAUUCGACAAUUGAAAUAUCAAGAAGUUUAUGCCCAAGAAAAAGUGACCAAAGUUGAUUCUUUAUCUUUAGUACUUUCUGGAAAGUUAGUAGUAUCACAAAAUGGAAGAGCAUUGCAUAUUGUCUUCCCACAUCAGUUCCUGGAUUCUCCAGAAUGGUUUGGUGUAUCAACAGACGAAUACUUUCAGGUAUCAAUAACAGCUAUGGAAGAAUCAAGGAUAUUAUUAUGGCAUAGAGACAAGUUAAAAUUAAGCAUAAUUAGUGAUCAAUUUCUGCAGGCAGUGUUUGAUCAUAUUUUGGGGAGAGAUGUAGUAAAAAAAUUGAUGCAAGUUAGUGAAACAAUGGCUGCUAGCAACCACCAACAACAAAAUGGACAAGUAAUUGGUUUAGGUGGUAUUGGAGCCUUAGAAAAUGAUCCUGAUACCAAACUUUUUGUUGUAAAAAAGACUGGCGAUAGUCAAGGUAUUACUGCUCUCAUCAGUCGCCAACUUCAAGCAGCAGGAGAUCCAAAUGCAUGGAGAUUGGGAAGAAUUGAAGAGACUGAUCAUGAAACACCUGUUUAAUGAAGUGAUCAUUAAACAAAUGUCAUCCUUAGCAGUCAAUAUAAAGCAACACCGGUCUUUUUAUGUAAAUGUGGAAUAACAAUGAAAUAUUUAUCAUUUCUGGAAACAGUAUGGUGUGCUGUGCGUGGAACAAUUGAACAUUCUUUUGCCAAUUGAUCAUUUUUCCCACAACUAGUCAAGCAUAAUUAAUGUUGAAACGAAAGAUUUGAUUGUUCAUAGUGUAAUGGUUCUAUUCUAGUUUAUAAAAUGAUGUACAAUUAUAUAUUUCUUUAUGCUUCCAAUAUAUUAUUGAAUACCACUAUAACGGGUUUAAAAGUGGCUGUUUGUAAUUCACACUAAUUUUUUUCUUAACAUGCAUAUGUUUAAUAUUGAAUGAGUAAGAUUUUAUGUAUGUAAUGGAAUGGAAUGGAAGUUGUUCAUGCGCAGCGGCGUAACUUCUUUAGUGAGAAAUCUGUGAUUUAUUGGAACUGAUAGAGAAAAGAUUAGGGAGGCCUAAAUACCUGAUUGUUUCCCAUACUCAGAUAUAGUGCCUUUUUACUUGCAUUUCAUUUAUUAAUUUUCCAAAGAAAAACAUAUACAGUACUAUUGUACACUAAUUUACAUAUGCAUUUGGUAUCUUUUAAAAUGGUUACUAGCGGAAAUCCAUAUAUUGCAGUAAAUAAUGUUAAAUUCAAUGUACGUUGGGAUCUAAUUAUCGAUUUUAUUUUGUUUAACAAUGGAAUCUAUAAAUGUAUGAUAUCAUUGUCAACUCUUCCAGUAUUGACUUUUUUAUAAUUCUUUAAUAAAUUGCAGUGCAUAUUAAUUCAAUACUUUAUGUGUUAUUUCUAUAAUCGUUCAAUAAGAUAUGAAGGUAUGUAUAUUGCCACAACGUAGAAAAAAUGAAAAUCUUGUGGUAUAGUUUAAGAUAUGAUGAACUUAAUAAUGUAAAUGAUAUUCAGGUUUAUAUUCAGAAAUAAUUUCCUUCAUUGAUGUAUUUAUCUAUAUUUGCAAUAUUACAUACAAUGAUUUAAUAAAAUAUCUUUGUAAGGGAAGUACCUUCCCAGGAUGUUAGAUGCCAGAAACGAUUUUUUUUCAGUUUUCCUUUAAAUUAUCAUGCUGUACUCAUAAACAUUUUUUAUCAAUAGCAAUUUCUUCAUUAUCAUUAUCAAUGCAGAUAACUGCUAUCCUUUGCUUGACGUUAUUAUUUCUAAUUAUAUUUUUAGAGCUAACUUCAUUAGAAUGUAAUGAUAAGUUGAAAGAACACUAUGAUCUGAAUUACUUUAAAUUUAAAAUAUAUAGGCGAGGGAAGAGCAUUUGAAAUUCUAGUAGCUCUUUUUGUAAGAUAAUUUCUGUUCAUUUUUGAAAUUUUGUAUUAUAAAAAAUACUUUUUAUUCCAGAAUGUAACCUGUAAGGAAAGUACUUCAUAAUAUUUCAUGAAUCAUUUUUAAUUCUUGUUAUAAUUAUAUAUAUGUUAUUGAUUAAUGACUGUAUUUUGGUGAAAGAUAAAAAAAUAACUAAACAUAAAUAUAUUUGAUGAAGUGAUAUCAAUAGUCUAUAUCAUUCUCAGUUAGCGAUUUCCGCUGGCAACUGGUUACUUUUACAAUCGAAACUGUUUUCAAACAUGAGUCAUACAGAAAAGUGUUGCAUGAAUCAUAAUAUGAUAGCACUAUUAGACAAUGGCGUUCAAAUUAGAGAAACAGGAAGUUACGCCAGAAAGCGCUGAAUGGUAUAAAACCACAACAUGAGCUAUAUUGAUAGAAUAUUUAUAUUGAUAUACAUUGCUGAUAGAGAAAUAAAAAUGCAUAUAACUUUUAA